AGGGAAGGGAAGGGAAGGGGAGAAGAGGCAGACGGCAGGCAGGCAGGCUCACCCAACCCCAAACACUGCAACAGUGAAAAGUCGUGAGGACAAACAGGGAAAAAGAGUGUGAAGACAGGAGGAGAAAUGGGACAGGGGCAGAAAGGUUCCUCAGACAAGACGGAGGGAAAGGAGAAGAGACAUGACUUCCCACCGCCAGAGGACGGCCAUAAGUGCAGGGUCUGUCGUUUCCCUCUGCUCGUCGCCCUGCUCCAGCUGCUGUUGGGGGUGGCAGUCACGGCUGUGGCCUUCCUUAUGUUGGCUAUCAGCCCCUCACUCUCGGCCAGGGAGACGCCACAUUGGGCUGGGAUCAUUUUGUGUUUAGUCUCCAUCCUGGGCUUCAUCCUGUACUGUGUCACCUACCUGCCCGAUGAGAGGACGUCUAUGCAAUUCAUUGCCAAGCUGCAUGCCUUCGUCCACCCGGCAUCCGUUGACUCGUCCCGCCUGCCGUCUUUGGAGCUGAAGCUGGAUUGGAACAGACCAAAGUACAGUCCAAUCACGAUGCCAGCUGCCUCUCAAAAGGCUCCUUCAUCUGGCAGGUGGCGCCACUUCUUCUGAGGGGAAGCUGAGCUGGCCCAGCAGAACUUUGGAGAUGUGUUCCAGUGGUUGGUGGCUGUGUGGGGAGAAAGAGAGGGACCUUUGAAUUGUUCAGAAAGGAAAACAGGGAACCCAUUGGUAGUUUUAGUUGAGGGUGCUACUACGGUGUGUUUUUGGGCUUGAAGAGGUGAACAGGAAGAGUUUUUUUUCGUAUUGAUUAUCUUUUACUUUGUUCCUGGUUGGAAUGCCCAUCAAUGUCAACAUGAAGUUCACUUUUAGUUCUGUUUAUUUAUUUUUAUUUUACUAACACGCAUUUGUUUUUAACCUCCUCACAUAUGUUGUUGUAAACUUACUCUUUCAAAUAAAUUCUCGUCUAACCCUCUGGAAA